AAGGACCAUGUGCACAGUAAGGAUGGAAAUGUACCUCUCUGACUGUAAGGUUUGGAUACCAUAAUGAUUGAAGAUUAUAUUGAAGCCACUCUGACAGAUUAUGUGAACAGACUAAACAAUGAGAAAGGGAAUACCAAGAAAGUGAAUGAGCCAAAGAAACAGAGACCAGCAUGGAAAAGGGCCCAGUCUCGCAUGGCAGCACGGGGUCGAAGGCAAAGAGAGAGGGAGCUCUUCAAUGAGUUGGCAGACCUGCUUCCUUUACCCCUAAACACUGGAGCACAGUUGAACAAGGCCUGUAUCAUCAGACUUACAGUUGGCUACCUGCAUGUGAGAGCCCUUCUGGAUCCAUCAACCUUCCAGCAAACGCAAAACACUGAGGCCAUCAUAGAUGUAGCAAGACCACUCACACUCAAGUCCAUUCACCCCGAUUACAAGACAGCCAUUCCGUCUAUUUGUCUUGAGGAGCAACUUCUAGACUUAGCUCUAGGAGGAUUUAUGCUUGUGACCUUCCUUGACGGCCGAAUUCUCUACACGACAGAGAACGUCAGCAAAUACAUUGGCAUCAACCAGGUAGACCUUAUUGGCCGAAGCAUGUUUGACAUCAUGCACCCAUGUGACCAGAAGGAGGUCAAGCAAGUUCUCGCAAAAUUGGCCGGAAGCGUAGGGAGGCAGAAGUGCAGCCUGUUCUGGAGAACUAAGAAUACAGUAAGCUUAAGGGCGGUAUCCUGGACGGUAUUGCACUGCACUGGGGUUAAGGGGCCAUCCCCUCCCCUGGCCCCCCAUCGCCUUCUGCUGCUGUGUCGAACUCUACCUGUGCAAGGUCUACCUGCUGGUCUAAACCACAAGACUUUCCAGAGCAUUCACAGCCCAGACAUGAGAUUAAUUUCCUGUGACUCCAGAGUUUGGGAGCUGACUGGUUUCCAGGAAACAGAGCUCAUUGGACAGUCCGUCUAUAAAUACUACCAUACCUUAGACUGCUUGAAACUUAUGCAGGCACAUAUUUGCUUGCUUUCCAAAGGACGGAUGGCCACUGGGAAGUACCGCUUGUACCACAAGUGCGGAGGAUAUGUUUGGGUUGAGACAGAAGCAUCUGUGGUGUACAACAACCAAACCAGACAGCCACAGACCAUCUUCUGUAUCAAUUAUGUGCUAAGCGAUGCUGAGCUACCAGAGGUGGUGUUUUCUCUGGAGCAGAUGGAUUAUUCCCUCAAGCCACACGGACUUUGCCCUGAAACGACGGUGUCUCCUCAACUGGCCCAUACUGCUGGCCAGGACACAGCAAUCCAAGCCAACGGAUCAGCUCUGCUCUCCAACACUACUGGCCACACUUGGCUCCCUGACAGCCCUACAGUGUUCAACAAACAUCUUUGUGAGAAAACACCAGUUUCUUAUGUCUCUCAUCAUGUGUCUCAUGAUGACAAAUGGAAUGGGGACCUGGAUUCUCUUGCCCCUUACAUUCCAAUGGACGGGGAGGACUCAAUCCUUUUGCCUAUACAGGACUAUCCAAUGCACUGUGGUCUGUCUGGGAAUGGCCUGGAUGUUCACCAUUAUCAUGGGGGGAAACCACAUGCUUCAGCAUGUGUUUUGUGUUCUUCUAACCCUGCGGCAACCUACCACAUAAGUCAGGGACAACCUCAGUGUCACUCAUCCUGGACACAGAGGCACCAAAUGCUCAAAACAGACAACACUCACAAGCGGAGCAGAGAGCUGUGGCCAGUCUGGGACUCUCUGAGGACUAUUGUUCCACAGGAAUCAAGCGCACCACAAGAACACAUGCCACAAAAUCCCCACAGAGUGAAAAUUACAUCAGUUCAGUCCUCGCAGUCCACGCAGUACAAACAUCCUCCAAACAGCAGACAACCUACUUCACAUCCCUACCCCACAUGGCAGAGAAUCAGAGAUCGAGAGAUAUACACUGGUGCUCAUAACUCACCAACGUCAGUGCAGAGGCGUUCUGGACACAUCAGGAACCUCCAAAGGCCUGUGCAGGGAGGACCUCCUGCACCGUUCUUUCCACAAGGACACCUCCAAUCAACCGGUAACACUUUCGAGUCGGAUCUGCUUCUCUGAGAGCAUCAAUAACAAGACUGGUGGAAGGAGAAAGAAA